ACAAAGCUUUGAAAAGGAGACGAUGGUGUUCUCUAUUCCUGAUAAUGUCAUGAAGCUUUGGGAUGCAUGGAAUGUCAGAGCAUUUGUCAUCCUAAGCCUCCUGGCGCAAGUUUUCUUGACUCUCUUUGCACCAUUAAGAAAGCGCCUAGGGGGAAUAUGGGGAAAAUGUGUUUACAUGUUGAUCUGGUUGGUAUACUUGCUCGCAGACUGGGUUGCGGGGCUUACCGUUGGAUCCAUCUUAAGCAACCAGUUGAAAAUUCCUGCCAAUAGUGGUGACAUCCAGGCCUUUUGGGCACCCUUUCUGCUGUUACACCUUGGUGGCCCCGAUACCAUCGCGUCCUUCGCCUUGGAGGACAAUGAGUUAUGGGUAAGGCAUUUGCUUGGGCUCAUAUUACAAGUUGGUUCUACACUCUACGUCUUCCUUAUGUCCCUACCAGACAACAAGCUUUGGCUCCCAACCUUCUUAGUAUUAAUUGCUAGCAUAGUCAAAUAUGCAGAGCGGAACCGUGCUUUUUAUCUGGCAAGCUCUGACCAUUUUGGUGAAAAUUGGGUGCCUGGAGAAAGGGUAGCUGGACUCCAUAUUCCAAAACAAUUCAAAAAGUUGGAAACUGCAGAUCCCGUGCCUUAUGGAUUGGAAGAUGAUGAUAUCCAGCCAUUUUAUGUUAACCCCGGGCCAUUUUUUAUUAAUCCUGGUUCAUUUUAUGAGCCUUCCGAAUUUUUAGUUGAUUCGGAUCCCAAGUCAAUAUUACAAGCUGCAGCUUACUUGUUUGGAACCAUCAGGAGACCUCUUCUUGGCUCUUUUUUAUCUAAAUAUCAAUGUCUGAAGAGUUUUGCAAACUUUGGAAGCAAAAAUAAGGAAUGUUAUGCAAAAGAUGCGCUCCUAAAGAUUGAAAUUCAGCUAAGCCUAUUGUUUGAGGCUCUCCACACCAAGUUGCCUGUGAUUGUUUCCAAGGCUGGGUGCAUCAGUCGCAUCUUGAACUUGAGUUGCAUCGUGGGAGCCUUGUUGUCAUUCUCAUUAGUUAAGAAGCACUACGAGUUGAAUGAGUUUGAUACCUGGCUAACCUAUGGGUUGUUGAUCGGGGCCUUGACUUUGGAUUUCAUAUCUAUCAUCUUACUUGUGUUCUCUGACUGGUUUCUUAUUGCCAACUUCCAUAAUUCGGGAUGCUUCCGUGUCUUGAGAUCCAGAUUGAAGGCACGCAGGUGGUCUAACAAAGUUCCCCAAUUAAAUUUUAUUACUUAUAGUGUUAAGGACCAUCCAAAUUGGUUGAAUUCAUUGGCUACUUUUCUUCCUUUAAGGAGUUUGUUAGAAGCCAUGAAAGUAAUUCGAUGUCUGUCCUUCCAAAAUUUUGGAGAUGACCCACAUUACUGGCGUUGUAUUUUUGAGGAUGUGCAGGACGUUAUUCGGCGAGGAGACCUAAAAGUUGAUGUAGAUUUUGCACAAAAUCUUUUAGACUUUCAUAUAGCCACAGAAUUAUCCAUCCAAGGAGAUUUCCAAGGGUCUUCACCUGGGAGCACAGAAAAAGACAGAACAAUUUGCAAGCUAAUUUCGGAUUAUAUGUUUUACCUUAUGAAGAUGGAACCUGCUAUGAUGGCCACCGUGUCCAACAAUUGGGAAAAUGUAUUGAAAGACGCACAUAAAGAGACCCUGUCAAUUUUAGAUUGGAGUUUAGUCUCAAAUGAAAAGGAUGCCAGCAGCAAAAUUCUUUCAGCUAAAUUUGAAAAGGGAAAGACUCUAAAAAUGUUAUCUACUGCUAGAGGAAAACGUUUAGUCAUGGAACUUGAGGUCGGGACAAUUUCCUGGGAGGAAUUGAGAAAAGGAUGGGUUAAGGUAAUGUGUCAUGCUGCGCGUAAAUGUAGGCCAAGUGUGCAUUCACAACAACCAAGUAAGGGUGGAGAACUACUCACCUUCAUCUGGCUGUGUAUGGCUAAUUUCACAAUGGCAAAGUAUGGGUCACCAUAUAUCUAUUGGUCCUGAGCUACCAGAUCGAUCACCUUUAGUUCUUGUGUGUGUGUUUUCGCAAUCCUUCCUUUUAUAUAUACACGAGUGGUCCUCACCCCGCUUUGCAGGGGUAUUGGGGACGCAAUUGAGUAAUUUAUUUAGUAUAAAUAAGAUAUUUAAAU